AUGUCUAAUAUGGAGAAAUACCUGUUCAACCUGAAGUUCGAGGCCAAAGAACUGAGCAGAAGUGCCAAAAAAUGCAACAAGGAGGAAAAGGCCAAAAUUAAAAAGGCCAUUCAGAAGGGCAACAUGGAAGUUGUGAAGAUACAUGCCAAAAAUGCCAUUCGCCAGAAGAAUCAGGCAGUGAAUUUCUUGAGAAUGAGUGCGCAGGUCGAUGCGAUGGCUGCCAGAGUCCAGACGGUGGUGACAAUGGGCAAACUGACCAAGCCAAAGGCCAGGAUGGUUAAGUCGAUGGAUGCGACAUUGAAAACCAUAAAUCUAAAGAAGAUCUCUGCCUUGAUGGACAAAUUCGAGCACCAAUUUCAGAUGCUGGACUUCCAGACGCAGCAAAUGGACACGAUGAGCAGUACAACAACGCUGACCACUCCACAGAACCAAGUGGAUAUGCUGCUCCAGGAAAUGGCAGAUGAGACCGGCCUGGACCUCAACAUGGAGCUGCUGCAGGGGCAGACCAACUCCGUGGGCACGAGCAUGGUCUUGGCGGGGGAGGAUGAAUUAUCCCAGAGACCAGCCCGCCUGCAAGAUCAAGUGUAA